GAGACGAGACCUGUUACUUUUCGAGCAAUAAAAUUUAACAAACGACAACCAAAAACCUGUUUUAAUAACAGGAGCAACAUAUUUAUUUUAUGGUUUUUGGUGAAAUGUCGUAUAACGUGGGAAAUCUUGCAGAGAUCAAGACCACAAUCAGGAAAUUUGAGUUUCCUUAUUGUGCUAGAGAUGCUUUGGAACAUUCAGAGGCGUUGCUUAUGCCCUACUUGGCUGCAAAUCCAAACGAUGAUGUCCCUCAGUUUGCCAGGGAUUUUGUGAGAGAAGUUGCGUCCGAGUUCGUUUUCUGCGAUGUGGAUCCUUUGCAUCCACUUCUAGGCGUUAAAAGAAGAGUGGGCCUCAAAUCAUCUUCAGAGCUUAGUCUUCUUGAAGUGCUCUGUGAUCACUUUUCUAAAACAAGUCAAAGCAACAUAUGUGCUGGGCGCAAUCAGCUCUUUUUGGUGCUCUUUCAUCCCAUAACUGACUCUCGGAUGAAAAUCCUUUCAAAACUGGCUUCCUUGGCGAUAUCAACCAGGAAGAUUCAUGUGCUACUCACCAUCGGCUAUUGGAUGCACUGGACCUUGCCCAUCAGCCCAGACGCCUCUCUUCAUUUGGCACAGAGUUUGGUUAGCGAUUUCUUUAUACUCACUCCAAGUGCUGCACCGAAAUUACAAGAGCUGCCCCAAGUUUCUCCUCUAUUCACAGCUAGCCUUCUCACCUCUCUCGUCCAGAUGUACGGAUCAAAGCCAGGCAAGCUUUACAAAGCACCUCCUCAGGCACUCCUCAGAAUGGUUACCCAGUGGGUACAGGAGAACACGCAUUUGUGUUUAGCCCCUUUGCAGCAGCCCAAGUCUGGACCAACUGGCAUUAACGAAUUCCCCGCCACACCAAUCGUUGGACUAUUCAGGUGGACCAUUUUCUCUCCAUUCCACGACGGCCGAGUAGAAAUCACUGAAAGUGCAACAGAACUCAACACUGAACCAACUCCCACUCUGACUGAAACGGAGAAGUUGUACUCCACCUUGCAUUUAUCCCUAAUGCAGGGCUUGCUCACAGGGACACACGCCGUAAACCAAAUGAUCCAAGGGAGAGGAGUGUCUGCGAUUGAGCUUGCAUCGUUGGUAGACGACCUCAGGAAAGAACUGUUCUCUCAAAAUGUGAACGAACCGAGCAGAAAUUUGGCUCUAGACCGCUUCGGACAGGCAGUGCAGAGCGUCAUCAGCGCAGGAUGCGUAUCAGGAAACAAAAACUCAUUCAUGGCUCAGCUGUCAACGCUCCCAGAGACAAGGCUGCUGAGUAUACUGAAGAGCCACUAUCAAAUUGUAUAAAAUUGUACAUAGAAUUAUAAUUAAAUUGACUCUUGAUUGUACUGCAUUCAGAUAA